AAGUCAAUGAGACCUUAUAGUGUGGCUUUUGAUCAAAGAUGUAUUUUACUGGACAUACAAAUAGAAUACUUUUAUGGAUUUUCAUGAGUGCCAUGGUUUUUGAAGUUUGGGCAGAUUCCAAGAGGUAUGUGAGGUUCACUGAAAGAACCAUCAAUGAAUACAAGUCAUACAGUGACAUGGAAAUAAUGGUCAUCACWGUKCCAGACAUGACUAAAUCCAUGGAUGUGUUUGUUGAUCUUGAAGCUUUGCAUACAGCUAACUGCAAAACAUUGUCCAUCGAAGUGUACUAUCAGUAUGGUGCUCCACCACUCCCACCAAUGCAGACUUUUGCCAAUGGAACAUACCUGACAAGAACUCAUGCGGGGAGUGAAUCAAGAACUCUUGAUAAUAAACAACCCUUGUCAUUCACAGACACGCUUCCUGGACAGUGGUAUAUUGGUGUCCUGGUGCCACAAUCGAAUGGUGUUAAAAGAAUCAGUGACCUGGGAUUUGGCAAUCUUACCACACAUGGCUGUAGUUUUAAUGUCAAAAUGAGAGCUACACUGACACUUGCUACWACAGCAUCCUUCAUUCCUUCAGAUGGCAAGGAAAUCAGAGAUAUGCUGCCUUCUGGUAUYCAAACAAGAUAUUACAGGUACCAACAUCUCAAGAAAUCCUCGUUUCUAUCAGUUACUAUUUUUGGCUGCUAUUUGAUAAAGGAAGAUGGAGAGAGAGUUAUGGACGUUUGUCCUCUUACACUGUCUAUUGAAAAGAAAUCGCUUCCAAGUGAUAAGGAUUCUCUAUCACUGGACUGUUUCUCAAAGAAUCCAUGUUACAUAUCAAUACCCACCCCAGAACAAGAACAGGUGGAUUACUAUGYUUCUACUUCAAGGAUACCUCACAUGAUUGGUGGUACCGUGUACUAUAACAUAUCCAUCUACCUUGAUGAGUGUCCCGAUAAUCGGCCCACGGUCCCCCAUGAGGCACGUAACCUUUAUCCAGGAUGUGUUGUUGUCCAAGAAAUGUUUUCAAUAACAUCAGGAAAAGUUCUCAACAAAAUCUUAUAUCCUAAUCAGUGGAACKCAACUGUCCGUCUGUUCUCUGGUGGGUACCCUCAGUUCUUCUCAGUGACAAUCCCUCCAAGUUACGUGGGAUCAGUUCUCAGCGUGCGAGCGGCGUAUUUCCCGUCAUUCCACCACAGUGGUUCAGGUGUGAGACUUUGUUUACAGAAGGAUUCUCCUGCAGGAUUUUAUCACAAUGGCUAUGACAAUGAUUAUACUAUGAAUUGCACUGGUCAAACGAGCUAUUUGAAGGAGUAUGGUUACCGUAGUUCCGUUAGUACGGAAAUGGUAGUACCAUUCCCAGAAACAGGUACUUGGUACAUUAGUGUUUACCAGCUUCGUUACUAUGACUACGCCUAUGACAUACAACUUACCKCGGAGAUCCAAGGWUGUAUYGACGACUGUAACGACCAYGGUAUCUGUGCUAUCAACACAAAACCUGACUUGGUGUAUGGUACAUGCGCCUGUAAAACCGGUUAUACAGGUUGGGCCUGUGAGAAAGAUGUUGACGUCGACCUUGCUAGUGUUUGUUUACUUUGCCUGAGUAACUUGGCUUUUGUUUUGGACGUGGUGAUAGCAGCACGAAUGAGACUUUUUCCUGAGAUGGUGGUGUAUAUGUUUCUGACAAUCAUGUCCACUAUGUUUCAUCUCUGCAAGACACAGAUUGCUUGCGUCAUGGAURUCUCUUUCCUUCAGCUSUGCGACUUCUACGCAAUUAUCMUAUCWMUAUGGGUUACCCUUGUUGCCAUGGCAAGCCUUAGUAAUGCCUCAUAUACAGCCACUCUCAAUAUGAUAGCUGUGCUGGUGCUAUUUGUUUGCGUGGUCAAAGCCCGAGAGAGCAUUCUUCCAUUUGUUCUUACCCUUUCGAUCGGACUUCUGCUAGCUGUUGUCUACCAUUUGACCAUGUGGUGUCGCGGCAAACCAUCAACGUCUUUUAGUAAGAAAAGGUAUGAUWCUGAUCCAUGAUGCGUUUAGUGACCCC